UCCGGUCCAGCUAACGCGCGUCUAAAAUAAAAUUUGACAUUUUGAGGUUAUGUUCACACGCAUUUUUACUUGUUUCACGCAUUGAUUGCAGUUUAAAGUAUCAUUUUUUGUGUUAUUAUGGAUAAGCCGCGUCCGUGCGGUUGUAAAGGCUGUCGCACUUGCCUCAUCUGCGAAAAAGACUACGGUCUUGGUGUGAAAAAUUUUCCGCUUCGGAAAGACCAAAGUUACGUUUAUUGUCCUCAUUGUAAUAAAGCAUGGCCCGGUUGGGACUUCAACGAUUACAAGAACCAUCCGUACCACGAUGGAGAACCCAUCGACUAUCCAGGUGUCUACAUCCAACUCGAUUUUCUGACAACCCAUGAAGAAGAGGAACUCAUGACUGGAAUCGAUGGUUUACCAUGGGAUUUAUCGCAGAGUGGGCGCCGGAAGCAAAAUUUCGGACCGAAGUGUAAUUUCAAGAAGAAUAAAUUGAAAGAGGGCAGUUUUAAUGGCUUUCCUAAAUUUUCAAAGUUUGUACAAGAGAAGUUUAAGAGUGUUGAUAUUUUAAAAGAUUUUUAUUGUGUGGAGCAGUGUUCGUUGGAAUAUGAUCCAAAAAGAGGGGCUUCUAUUGACCCCCAUAUUGAUGAUUGUUGGAUUUGGGGCGAACGGAUAGUCACCGUUAAUUUAUUAUCAGAUUCAGUUUUAACAAUGACUUACAAUAAAAAGAGUGAUUAUUAUAAUUUAGACCAUGUUGGUAGUUAUCCUGCUGUUUUAGAUGAUAAGGGGGCGCUGAAUUGUAGCGGGGAUUCGUACCGUGUUAAAUUUUAUGAAGAGGGUAAAUUGUACCCCAUUGUUCGCAUCCCAAUGCCCAACCGAUCUUUGUUGGUUCUUUAUAAUUCACCCCGCUAUGACUGGGAACACCAAAUUUUAAGAGAAGAUAUCACAGAAAGGAGGGUUUGUCUGGCAUAUAGAGAAUUCACCCCUGUGUAUUUACCAGGGGGUAAGAAACAGGAAGAAGGAGAGAAAAUACUGUCAAAGGGGCAGAAUUUUUGUUAAAAUUAUAGUAAAUUAGAUAGAAUUGUGAUAUUGACUAAUACACUUAAUAAAAACCGUUAUUUUUCUUGUACAA